GACAGGUGUAGCACAAAACGCUCAGCCAUGAUUAAAAGGCAGUGCGGGCCGAAUGGCCUGAUUCUGUUCCUAUGUGCUGGGCCCAGGACCGGUCCCCUGAGUUGGUAACUCUAUUGAAUCUGAAGUUGCUGACUCUGAUCCCCGAAUGAGGAUUGGCUCCGGAUCUCCGGCUCCUUCCUCGCGUUUAUUUAUACGUGUCCAUGUCGUGCCGGAGGCGCUUGCACGGAAACAAACGCUGGGCCGAACGCAUGGCUAUUAAAAUGGUCCACAUCUCUAACGAGGGGUCUCGGACCGCGAAACUUGAUGGACAUAUCUAUGCAGAUCAGCUAUUUUGUGUCGCAUCGGAUCCGGAGUAACAAUCAUUCGGUUCCCCGGUCUGCACAAGCGCCCAGCGGCCGGCCGGAGUCCUCCUGCGCCGCAUUGGAGGACUGCCUCCUCACAACGCCGAGCCAUCUUGACUUCUCCGCAACACUCCUCGGUUACGACGUCUCCUCGACCUAGGACGGCCGGACAGAGGAACUAAAAGACGGGGGAAGGUGUGAGGGACGGCCGUGGCAGAACGCCGCCCAUCCGAACUUUAAAAGGAGGCAACGCCGCUGCAGGAGAGAAGAACGAGCGCGUCGACGGGGAGGAAAGCAACUCCUUCUUUGCUGGUUGCCUGGUAACGGGUGCGGUCGCUUGAGCAGGUUGGAGAAUGGCAACUCGCCGAGUGAUAAAGGCUGUUCUAAUUGACCUCAGUGGAACACUGCAUGUUGAAGAUACAGCUAUAUCUGGUGCCCAGGAGGCACUGCAGAAGUUGCGCCGUGCUCCUGUAGUGGUGAAGUUUGUCACUAACACCACCAAAGAAUGUAAACGAACUCUGUUUGAACGACUGCAAAAACUCAACUUUCCCAUCCAAGAGAAUGAGAUCUUCACAUCUUUGACUGUGGCCCGGAACCUUGUACAGCAGAAGCAGGUUAGACCUUUACUAUUGGUGGACGACAGCGCACUUGAAGAUUUUGAAGGAAUAGACACAAGUGAUCCAAAUGGUGUGGUUAUUGGAUUAGCUCCUCAACACCUUAACUACAACACAAUGAACAAGGCCUUCAGGUUACUUUUAGAUGGCGCCCCUCUGAUUGCCAUACACAAGGCCAGGUACUACAAGAAGGCAGAUGGAUUGUCACUUGGACCUGGAGCCUUCAUCACUGGGCUGGAGUAUGCAGCAGAUGUCACAGCCACAGUUGUAGGAAAACCAGAGAAACAGUUCUUCCUUGAAGCCCUCCGAAGCACGGGGUGUGAACCAGAGGAGGCCAUAAUGAUCGGUGAUGAUGUUCGGGAUGAUGUUGGUGGAGCACAGAGUGCUGGGAUGUUGGGUAUUUUGGUAAAAACUGGCAAAUAUCGAUGCGGGGAUGAGUGCAAAAUAACUCCUGCUCCUUAUCUGACGUGUGAUGCUUUCCCUCAAGCUGUUGACCACAUACUCCACGAUAUGCUGUAGAAAGAUUAGCAGCACAUCAGUCUGUCGCUAUUACAGCACCAAGGACCCAGGAUCCACUCUGCUGCUGCACGCUGUCUCUGUGACUGUGCAUAUCCUCCGGGUGCUCUGGCUUCCAAAGGCGGACCGGUUAGUGGGCUAAUCAAUCAGGUGUAAUUGGGCAACGCAGGCUUGUUGGACCAGAAGACCUGUUACCAUGUUGUAUCUCAAAAUAAAGUAAAUAAACAUGACUGGUAUCUGUCAGAGGGCAGAGGAGAAGCGGUGUA